UCAUAUCUCGUACGGCAACACCCAUCAUUACACUCUCUCUCUCUCUCUCUAUAUCUAUCUAUCUUGGGAUUGCUUGCUUUGUAUAUAAAUAUAACAAGUACUAACUAAACCUAUGGUAUCUAUUACCUCACUUUGCAUAACUUGCUAAACCCAUCUCUAUUGUUAUCUCUUCUUCACUUUCCUCUCUCUCUUUCUCCUUUCUCUUUCCCUUUCCUUCAUUACUUAUAAAACAAAACGCACAGAUAUACGAAGCUAGACAUAAUAACCACAUUCCACAUACACAAAAAAGAAACCAAAAGCUCACACCUUUCAAGUUUCAAAACCGUGUUCAUUUGAGGAGUGCUAGCUUAUUCUGAUUGUUAAUUGUAUGGAUGGAUCCUUCUAGUGGACAACAUCAGCAAAUGUCUAGCCAGUCAUUGGAAAACAUGUUAGCUUGUUCAAAAGCACAACAAGAGAGAAAGCCAAGACCUCAACCAGAACAAGCUCUGAAAUGCCCAAGAUGUGACUCCACCAACACCAAAUUUUGUUACUACAACAACUACAGUCUUACCCAGCCAAGGUAUUUCUGCAAGUCUUGCAGGAGAUAUUGGACCAAAGGAGGAACACUGAGGAAUGUUCCUGUGGGUGGAGGGUGCAGGAAGAACAAGAGAUCAUCAUCAUCAUCAUCAUCAUCAUCAUCAUCAGCAUCAAAGAGGGCUCAAGAUCAAACAUUCACACCCAAUCACAACCCACUCACUGGCCUCCCUCCAUUGUCUUAUGACUCCAGUGACCUUAACCUUGCAUUAGCUAGGCUCCAAAAGCAAUCAUGUGGACAACUUGGUUUUGAUGAACAUGAUCUUUCAAUUUUGGGGAACCCCACAAGCACCCCAUGUGAUAUUCUAAACAAUCAAGGCAUGAACCCUUCAACCACAAACCCAGGAUUCUUAGAUGCACUUAGAAGUGGGUUCCUUGGAACUCAGAAUAAUCUGCAGACUAUGUACUAUGGUUAUGGGAAUGGGGACAUGGGUGAGGUUGACAAUGGCAAUGCUUCUGGGGUUGGGGUUAGUGGAGAGAUGAUGAUGCCUUAUGAUCAAGAAAUGAGUAUUGCAACCACUCAAGCAGUGACAGUCACAACCAUGAAACAAGAACUUUGUAAUGGCAGGGAACAAAGUGAAAAUAGGGUGUUAUGGGGUUUCCCAUGGCAGCUAAAUGGAGACACAAACAUGGGUGAACUUGACUCAGGAAGAGCUAGUUGGAAUAAUGGUAUCACUUCAUCUUGGCAUGGGCUUCUCAAUAGUCCUCUAAUGUAGACACAAAGUCACUGAUUUUUAAUUUCCUCCAAUGUUUGAUAAAAAACAUAUCAGUCUUUUUAAGACUUGCAAUCCUUUUGAGUGCUGGGUUAAUUUAUAGGAUUUGAUUCCCUUGAAUCAAAUCACCUUUUCUUUUCUUUCUAGUUUGUUUUUCUUUUUGGCCCUUAAAUUGUCAAA